AUGUCUAAAGUACAUGAAUGUGACGACUUAACUUUACCUUUAUCUUCAGAGAAAGCGAAAGAACUAUUUAGAAAGAAUGGAAUAAUCUUACUUCUGAACCCCCCUAAAGAGACUGAGAUCGGUAUAAACUGCAAAUCGUGGGUCACCACACUAAAUUUUAUGGGAUUUAAAAUGGUACCUGACGGAAAUCAUUUCAUAUAUUACAACAUUGCUAACAAACAUGGGGAUUCUUCAUCUAGAAAAGGAUUUUUUGUCCAUAUUACAGGAAAUAUGAUUAUUUGCAAGAAAUGGGACUCUAAAAACGAAGAUUUGUACAAAAAAGAAGUCCGCAUGCAUUUCGAAACAGAUAUCGGUUUCUCAAUUAAUUUAAUUAUUUCUGAGCUUAAUCGGACACAAAAAAAUAAGGCUACUAUGCAUCACAUUUGCAUGCUCAAAGCUCGUCAAGCUAAACUAAAGCGCGAAUUACUCGACCCAAAAGGAUGCGGGGGAAGUUCCAACCACGAGACUUUUGAGGUGGCUAAGACAGGAGAUUCACGAGUCGGCUUUGUUGGUUUUCCUUCUGUUGGAAAAUCAACUUUACUUUCAAAUUUGUCCGGAGUUUAUUCAAAAGUGGCUGAAUACGAGUUUACUACUCUGACUACAGUUCCGGGAGUGAUUCGUUACAAAGGAGCAAAAAUUCAGUUAUUGGAUCUUCCGGGAAUCAUCGAAGGGGCUAAUGACGGAAAGGGAAGGGGAAGGCAGGUCAUAUCAGUAGCCCGAACAUGCAUGCUAAUUUUUGUGGUCCUCGAUGUAACCAGACCACUAGAACAGAAAAAAAUAAUUGAAAGAGAGUUAGAAGGCUUCGGAAUUCGUCUUAACAAAUCAGUCCCUCCCAUAAGUUUUCGAAAGAAGGAGAAGGGUGGAAUAAACUAUAAGACUAUGGUGGAUCAAUCAGAAUUGGAUUUAGAGACAGUCACUACUCUGCUGGCGGAGUAUAAAAUAUGUCACGCCGACAUUCUACUGAAGGGGGACUGUUCCCUUGAUGACCUGAUAGAUAUUGUGGAAGGGAAUAGGACAUAUAUUCCCUGCAUAUACGUUCUUAAUAAAAUAGAUAAAAUAUCCAUUCAGUUGGAUUUGGUGUGCCAACUGCCUAAUUGUGUGCCAAUUAGUUCGGAAAAUAAGUGGAAUUUUGAUGAGUUGUUGCAAACGAUGUGGGAAAAACUGGGACUAGUUAGAAUUGCUUUUGUUUGGGGGAAUUCUGUCAAGCACCAACCUCAGAAAUGUGGAAAAGAACACGUUUUGUGCGAUGAGGAUGUAGUACAACUCGUUAAAAAAUUAUAA